GGUUCGGGCACCUGUGCUAAAGGUUCAGGAAGCUUUUCUAUGCCUGACUUUGUAAAUCCCCAGCUGUAGCUUCUCUCGCCACGGAACGACAGAGCUCUCAAACAAAAUGGCAGGCACAAUCAAAUCGCUCAUCAACAGCGCCAAGGCGUUUGCCAUCGGCGACUCGGGCAGCAAGGCGUCGAUGCACGACUUGUUCACCAAGGUCGACAAGGCCGUCGACGGCGAGGACUGCGAUCACGACUGCAGCAGCUGUUCGAUACGGUACCCGAAGGGGUUCAAGGUCGAAGAGGGGGACGACCUGUACGGGUUCAUUAAAGGGUGGAGCACACACGUCCUGGUGGCGACGGGCAAGACCGACUGGGUGCACAACGUCGCCGACGAGAAGGGCAGCGUCAUGCAGGCCAUUGAUGCCGCCAAGGGACCAACAAACGGGCGCCUCAUGCUCUCCGCCUCCAACAUCCCCACGCCGCACAACACCACCUCCUACUCGGAACCGACGACCGUCCUCCUUCUCCCCGCCUUCACCAUCAUCGAGAACGUGACGCCCGCGACCGUCCCCACGCUCCUCACCUCCAUCGUCUCGCACGCGCCCACCACCGCCAGCCCGCUGGCCCCCAUCACCCUCCCGCGCUCCCUGCCGGCACCCCUCCCCGAGGGCACCCCCGCGGCCAUCAAGGACCUGACGACGCGCGCGUGCCCGCACCGCGCGAUCGUCCUGCUGUGCAGCCAAAAGACGCGCGACGCCCGCUGCGGCCAGUCCGCCCCGCUGCUGCGCCGCGAGUUCCAGCGCCACCUGCAGCCGCUGGGGCUGUAUCGGGAUCUGGAUGAUGAAAGGCCGGGAGGGGUGGGGAUUUAUUUUAUUAGCCAUGUCGGGGGGCAUAAGUAUAGUGCGAAUGUUAUGGUUUAUCGGAGGGGGGAGGAAGGAGGGGAGGUGGGGGCCAAAAAGGAGGGGGGAAAGCAGGAGGGAGGUGAUAAGGAGGGUGCUGAAAAGGAGGGAGAGUCGACGGUGGCAAAGGAAGAGGAUAAUGGGGAAAACGGGAAAGGGGAUGUGGUGGAGGAGGGAGAUGUCGGAGCGGCGCAGUGCAUCUGGCUUGCAAGGGUGCGGCCGGAGGAUUGUGAGGGCAUCGUCAAGUUCACGAUACUGCAGGGGAAAGUGGUGAAGCCCGAGAGGCAGCUGCGCGGCGGGUUUGACCGGGGGAAGGGGUUGAUGAGCUGGUGAUGCUGCGGAGUCAGCGGCU